UUCCCCGCGUUUCUCCCCCCCCCGCUUCUCACUGCUGCUUCCCCACCACCACCCACCCCAAAGCACCACCAUCGUUGCUGCCAUCUUCUCUCCUCUCCAGCAUCUAGGUCGUCGACUCUCCUAACGCUGGAAACCUCCACCGCAACCGCCUCCUCUCCUCUCCUGGACGCGCACCGCCACCGUCGCUGGGUUCAUACAAAUAAUUUCCGCCGUCUUGUCUCCGCCGACCAACACCCCCUUCGCAUCUUCUCCGCCACACUACCCACCCACUCACGAGUCACGACUGUAAGCUAUCUCAAUUGAUAAACCUUAAAUGGAUUCUUCCGGUGAUAGCAAUGCACUUAUUUUGCCUGCUAAGACAAAAAAUCGAAAGGUCAAAUCGAAUUCUCAGCCGAUCAUAAGCUGUCAAAAUAAAAAGUUGAGUAAUUCCCAGAAAAGGAAGUUAAAGAAAUUGGAGGAGGAAAAGGAACAACAAUUAUUGCUGUCGAAAAGCUUGGAAAACUUAGAGAAGUAUACCAUAAGUGACAAUGCAUAUUCGUUUCUCCGGUCCUCACAAAACAUCGGUCAGGCUGAGACAACGAAGGAGAAACGUAGGAGGGUUAUGCAAUUUUCUAAGGCUGGUUUAGAUGUACCUGUGAGUGAUAUGGGUACCAAGAGAAAGAAAGUUGGAUCAUGCGAAAGUGAACUUGAUGAUUCUCAAUGCUCUCCAUUGGAGGUUGCGGAUAAAAAUGUCACCUUCAAACCAGUGCUUAUUGAAACAGUAGCCACAAAUGGUUUUACUUACUCUGUGCCUUCUCAAGGGCCAGACGAGCAACACAGUGUUGAUGAUCAUGGAGGAACUGAGCCUGAAGAAUUGAUUAAGGUAGCUAUCGGAGAUAGCUGCAAAGUCACGAACCUAGAUGCUGGAAAUUCAUCACACAUUCAGUGCCCUGAUACUGACAAGAAAUCUGUUGCUGCAGAGAGUGAACUCAAUGGUGAUCCCCAAGUUAAUUCUUAUGGAACAAGAUGCGUCGAAGGUGAUCCCAUUCCAGGACCUCGAAUUGCCCCUACUGUGGUACAUGUGUCACGACCAAAAGAUGUGCAAAACACGAGAAUGGAUCUCCCGGUCAUUAUGAUGGAGCAAGAGAUAAUGGAAAGUAUAAACAAUCAUAGUAGUGUGAUCAUUAGUGGAGAAACUGGGUGUGGCAAGACCACACAAAUUCCACAGUUCCUCUUUGAAGCUGGCUAUGGCUCAGGAGAUUGUUCCAUGAAAGGGGGUGUUAUUGGGGUAACCCAGCCUCGCCGUGUUGCUGUGCUUUCUACAGCAAGACGUGUAGCAUAUGAGCUUGGAUUUCGACUUGGUAAAGAGGUCGGUUUUCAAGUCAGGCAUGACAAAAAGAUUGGAGAAAGCUCCUCCAUCAAAUUUAUGACUGAUGGAAUUCUGCUUCGAGAGCUGCAGAGUGAUUUCUUGUUGAAGCGUUACUCUGUCAUAAUUUUGGAUGAGGCUCAUGAAAGGAGCUUAAACACAGACAUUCUUAUUGGGAUGCUUUCUCGUGUUAUUAAGGCACGCCAGAGAGAAUAUGAGGCACAACAGCUUGUUCAAGGAGAAAUUGAGCCUGAUAAGAAAAUAUUCCCUUUAAAACUAAUAUUGAUGAGUGCUACCAUGAGGGUUGAGGAUUUCACUUCAGGAACAUCAAUAUUCCCUAAGCCCCCACCUGUUAUAAAAGUUUCAGGAAGAGAAUUUCCUGUAACAAUACACUUCUCGAAGAAAACGGUGCUUACGGACUAUAUUGGUGAAGCCUAUAAGAAGGUCUUAAAAAUUCACAAGAGGGGGCUGGCUUCUGGUGGCAUACUGGUGUUUGUUACUGGCCAAAGGGAAGUAGAGGACUUGUGCCGUAUGCUUCGUCAAGCAUCAAAGCAAUUUGAAACCAGAAGUUGUGAAGUUAGUACAGAUAUUGAGGCAACUACAAUGACCGGCAUGGGCCAAAUUGAUGGGUAUGAUAUGAAAGAGAUUGAUGAAGCCAUUAAUACUCAUGCAAGCUCGACUGAACAACAAACGGACAGGUUUAGUUGUUAUGAUGAGAGUCAUGAUGAAUCAGACAACAACGACACAUACUCCUCCUUCAGUUCGGAGUCAGACAGUGAGUCAGGUUUUGAAAGUGAUUAUGAAGAUCUUGAAGAUCAGAAGACUUCUAAAAUGGAUGAUAGCAGUGUUGACUUUACAGAUGUAAACCUUGAUUCUUUGAAGGCUUCUUUUGAAGGCUUGACAGAUAAGACUGCUAAAACAUCAGACAUGAAAGAAUUAAAUUCUACUACACAGGAUGUUUGUUCAAAUCAACCUUUCAGCUCGACUAAGGAAAAAGGAGAGAAGAAGGGUCCUGUUAUUGGUCCAUUACAUGUUUUGCCUCUUUAUGCUAUGCUUCCAGCAGCUGCUCAGCUUCGUGUAUUUGAUAAGAUAAAGGAAGGGGAGCGUCUAGUAGUUGUUGCCACCAAUGUGGCUGAGACCUCUUUAACAAUUCCUGGGAUAAGAUAUGUGGUUGACACUGGAAGGGAAAAGGCGAAAGAGUACAACCCCUCUAAUGGAAUGGAAUCAUAUAAAAUACAGUGGAUAAGUCAGGCAUCAGCCAAUCAACGUGCUGGAAGAGCGGGAAGAACUGGACCAGGUCGUUGUUACCGCCUCUACUCUGCUGCAGCCUUGUCUAAUGAAUUUCCAGAAUUCUCAUGUCCUGAAAUUUUGAAAAUUCCUGUUGAUGGUGUUAUCCUCCUUAUGAAAUCCAUGGCAAUUAGUAAGGUUGCAAAUUUUCCAUUCCCAACCCCGCCUAAUGCCACCGCAUUAGUGAAAGCAGAGAAAUGCUUAAUGGCUCUUGAAGCACUUGAUAGUGAUGGUAGGCUGACACCUUUGGGCAAGACAAUGGCUCAGUAUCCCUUGAGCCCACGCCACUCUAGGUUGCUCCUCCUUGCUAUACAGAUUACAAAAAAGGAGAUUAACAAUGUACGGCCAAAUCUAGUUUUAGGUUAUGCAGUGGCUGUAGCUGCUGCCUUGAGCUCGUCAAAUCCUUUUCCUUUUCAGUUUGAUAGAAGUCAGACCAAUGCCGAGGGCACAGAGCUGGAUGAUGAUUCUGGUUCUCUCAGCAGCCAGAAAAAUGGAGACCAGCAGCUAUCACGGAAGCAAAUGAAGAAAACCUCUAAGCUUUCUCGUGCCAAAUUCUCUAACCUUAAGAGUGAUGCAUUAACUGUAGCUUAUGCCUUGCAGUGUUUUGAGCAAUCUAAGAACCCAUCUCAGUUCUGCACAGAAAACACACUACACCUCAAAAUUAUGGUUGAAAUAUCCAAGCUGAGAAAGCAACUAUUACAAUUAGUGUUUAAUCAGAGAUAUAGUGGUUUGGAGCAAGACUUCUCAUGGACUCAUGGAACCAUAAAAGAUGUGGAAGAUGAUUGGAGUGUCUCUUCUGAAAAGAAUCCCCUUUCGGAAACUGAGGAAGACGUCUUGUGCCAAGCUAUUUGUGCUGGAUGGGCAGAUAGGAUUGCCAAGCGUAUUAGAGGAGUCAGUGUAUCAUCAUCAGGAGAUAAAAGAAUCAAUGCUAAUAGGUAUCAGGUGCCCUUGGUUGAUGAAACAGUGUUUCUUUAUCGGUCCUCAUCUAUCUCUAAAGCAGCUCCUGAAUAUUUGGUGUAUAAAGAGAUUACUUGUACGAAACGGCCAUACAUUCAAGAAGCAACAAGUGUGAAGUCAGAGUGGUUGGUGAAACAUGCUGGAUCCUUGUGCACAUAUUCAGCACCUUUAGUAGAUCCAAAACCAUUUUAUGAUCCUGUUUGUGACCAAGUAUUUUGUUACAUUACCCCAUAUUUUGGUCCUCACUUAUGGGAACUCCCACGAAACAAGGUGCCAAUAAAAGAUGUUCAACAACGUGUAAUUGUCUUUGCUUAUGCUUUGCUUGAUGGUCAAGUCCUACCAUGCAUAAAACCUUACAAGACGUACAUGGCAAGCCAACCAAUCAGCAUCUUGAAACCGGAAGCAUUGGGUCAAAAACGUGUUGGUAAUCUUUUAAGCAAGUUGAGGACAAGAUCAAGAACAAUUGAUAGUUGUGUGAUGCUAAAAGAAGCUUGGAAAGAAGAUCCUCACCUGUUGCAUUCAGAAAUACUGGACUGGUUUCAGAAGGACUUCCGUUGUCAGUUUGAAAAUUUAUGGGAAAAGAUGCACCAUGAAGCUCAAUCUGGAACACAGGGCCGGUUACCUGACCGAACUAGAAAGAGAAAAUGCAAUGUGAAAGAUUGAUUUUCAUAUUUUCUUUUUGAUUUACAUUACAUGGUUAAGCACAGUGCACGUUUCAAGAACAAGGGUACCAAGGAGAGGAAACUGGCAUGAAAAGAAAAGCGUUUUGCACAGGGACCUGCUGUUGAAGCACCUGCAGCAGCUAAGCAACUUGACAGGAAGCCUUUCUUCUUCUUCUUCUUCUUCUUCUUCUUCUUCUUCUUCUUCUUCCUGUCUCUAGCUUUGUAUUUGUCAGAAAUCAGUCCAGGGUUAUUUACAUGUUGGCGACGUAGCUCAAUUGUUAUUUAUACAUGUAGCCUCUUGUGUACCUAAUUAACACAAAAUAUAGCAUCAAUUCGAAGAUUUUUUAAUUUACAUUUGAAUUAUUUGAAUUAUUAUUACGA